AUGCCAGACUCUACAGACGUGGAAAAGCUCGACAGAGCAGCCACUCCAGAGUCUACACCCAAAGAACACCCCUCAACGUUUGAUCCCUCCGAAUCCAAGCCUGAGCCAGAGCUAGAGCCAGUAGAGGAUGAAUCCAAGUACCCCCACGGCCUCAAGCUGGCUGCAAUCAUCCUCUCCAACAUGGUGGCCAUGUUCCUUGUCGCCUUGGACCGCACCAUCAUUGCAACUGCCAUCCCCCGCAUCACUGAUGACUUCAACGCCCUUGGCGACAUCAGCUGGUACGCCAGUGCCUACCUUAUUACCAGCUCAGCUACACAGCUGCUUUGGGGCCGCAUCUUUACCUUUUACCCUACCAAAAUAGUCUAUCUUGUCGCAAUUUUCUUUUUUGAACUAGGCUCUCUUCUGUGCGGCGUGGCUCCCAAUUCGGUUGCUUUCAUUAUAGGACGUGCCAUUGCUGGCGCCGGCUCCGCAGGCAUCUACUCUGGCUCUACCAUUCUCAUCACCACUGUCACGCCUCUUUCCAAGCGUGCAGGGUAUGUCGGGAUGAUGGGAGCCGUCUUCGGCAUUGCAUCCGUCAUCGCGCCCUUGAUCGGAGGAGCCUUCACUGAUCACGUCACCUGGAGAUGGUGCUUCUACAUCAACCUUCCCGUCGGAGGAGCCGCUGUCGCCUGUCUUAUACUUCUCUUUCCCCAAUUUCCUACCAAUGAGUCAGUUUCCAUCAAGCAGCAAAUCAAGCAACUUGACCCUUGGGGAAACCUUGUCUUCCUCCCGGGUGUUAUCUGCCUCAUCCUUGCGCUCCAAUGGGGCGGAGAAAAAUACCCCUGGGACGAGGGUCGCAUUAUUGCACUUCUUGUAUUGGCCUGCGUCCUUCUCAUAGCCUUUGUGGGCAUUCAGAUCUGGCAGCAAGAGAACGCUACUGUUCCACCUCGUCUGUUUAAGAUCCGAAAUGUCUGGCUCGGCACCAUCUUUGCUUUCUGCCUCGGAUCUGUUCUUAUCAUAUUUUUGAUUGCCCUACCAAUCUGGUUCCAGGGCAUUCGAGGCACAAAUGCCAUCACCUCUGGUAUUGACACACUCCCUCUCGUCCUGUCGCUUGUCUUUGGAGCAAUCGUCUCUGGUGGUGUUAUCAACGGUGUCGGAUGGUUCAACCCUGUUUUCUUUUCCUCCGUCAUAUUUAUGGCUGUUGGCGGUGGUCUUAUCACCACCUUUGUUAUCGACACGCCGACCCACACCUGGAUCGGAUACCAGAUUAUCCUCGGCCUUGGCAUCGGUCAAGGCAUGCAGCUUGCCAGCUUGGGAGCUCAAGUUGCUGUUACACAGAAGGACGUCCCUACAGGUGUUUCACUUAUGUUCUUUGCUCAGUCCCUCGGCGGCUCAGUGCUUGUCUGCGUUGGCCAAGCCGUCUUCAACAAUGAACUUCGAUCUCGUCUUACUACAUUUGAUGGGAUUGAUGUUGCCAAGAUCGUCGGCGCUGGUGCUACGCGAUUACGUGAUGUUGUACCAGCCGACCGUCUUACUGAAGUGCUUGUUGAGUACAAUGUAGCGCUUCGUAGCUAUUUUUAUGUUGGCCUGGCAGCUGCUUGCUUCGCAGUACUCCCCUCACUGGGUAUUGAAUGGAAGAAUGUCAAAGGUAAGGAGUUUGUACACUAG